AUGGCCACCUCCACCAUGUCCGUCUGCUCCAGCAACCUCAGCUAUGGCAGCAACAUCUGCAUGCCCGCUUCCCACGACUCCUGGCAGGUGGACGACUGCCCAGAGAGCUGCUGCGAGCCGCCCUGCUGUGCCCCCAGCUGCUGCGCCCCGUCCUCCUGUGUGACCCUCUGCUGCAAGCCCGUGUGCUGCAAGCCUGUCUGCUGUGUGCCCGUCUGCUCCUUGGCAGGUGGACGACUGCCCAGAGAGCUGCUGCGAGCCGCCCUGCUGUGCCCCCAGCUGCUGCGCCCCGUCCUCCUCUGCCAGCAGUCCAGCUGCCAGCCCUCGUGCUGUGGCUCCUCUCCCUGCCAGGAGUCCUCCUGUGUGACCCUCUGCUGCAGGCCCGUGUGCUGCAAGCCUGUCUGCUGUGUGCCUGUGUGCUCUGAGAGCUCCUCCUGCUGCCAGCAGUCUAGCUGCCAGCCCUCAUGCUGUGGCUCCUCCCCCUGCCAGGAGUCCAGCUACCUCUGCUGCAGGCCAGUGAGCUGCGUGCCCCUCUGCCCAGCACCCUCGUGCUGCCAGCCCAGCUGCUGCCCCUCGUCCUGCUGCAGACCCUCCUCCAGCGUGUCCCUGCUCUGCCGCCCCGUGUGCAGACCCGCCUGCAGUGUGCCCGCCUCCUCCUGCUGUGCCCCCGCCUCGUGCUGCCAACCCAGCUGCUGCCGCCCGGCCUCCAGCGUGUCCCUGCUCUGCCGGCCUGCCUGCCCCCGCCCGGCCUGCUGUGGCCUCUCCUCGGGCCAGUCCUGCUGCUGA